AUGGCCAGUAGCUGCGGUCCCGGAAUCACCACGGCCAUUCCGGCUAUGCCCACCAUCUCCAUGUGCCCCAACUUCCAAAACGAAAUCUGUUUGCCUAGUUCCUGCCGGACCAGAACAUGGCAACUGGUCACAUGCCAAGAAGACUGUCAGCCGUCCAGCAGUGCCCCAGGUGGCUGUGAACCUGCUCCUUGCCAGCCGACCUGCCUUCAGGAAACGUCUCGUGUGGGUUUUGUUUGCCAACCCAUUUGCUCCUACACAGCCUGCGAUGAACCCGGCACUGGUCAGCCUCCUUGCCUGGUGAGCUCGUGCCAGCCCUCCUGCUUGGAACCCACCGGUGGUCAGGAAAAGUGCUGUGAAGUCAGCUGCAGUCAGCCAAGCUCCUGCAGGCAGCCGGUCUUCGUGUCCACAUCACAUCAGGCAGUUUGCGGCCACUCAGUCUGCUGUGACCCGAGGGCCUGCCAGCCGUCCUCUUCUGAGGGGACUUCCUGUCCUGAAACAUCUUGCCCACCAACCGUCUGUGCAGCUAGUCCAUGCCAGCCAACUGGCUUCCAAGCAGGUUCAUGUCACCCCGUUAGUGGCCAAGAUCAGCUCUGCAAAUCAAUUUAUUACCAGCCCAUCUGCUACAUUUUCAAGACUAGCCACUCAGUUCCCUGCAUGCCUGUUCCCUGCCAGCCAUCGACUUGUGUGUUCGAUUCUUGCCAGCCUUCUUGCUGUGUGACCUCCCCUUGCCGGCCUCUGUGCCGCCCACCGGCUCCUUCCAUAUCCUUCAUCUGCCAGCCAGGGGCUAACUGCCAGGCCCCCUGUUCUGUAAAGAGCUCUUGCAAACCAGCUUCCUGUGGCACCCUGCCUUCUGGCCAACCAACUUGUGGUGGACCUACUUUCUGCAGCCAGAUUGGCUACAAAUCCCCUUCCGGCCAACCAGCCUGCUGCGUGACAGGUUUAGGCAAAUCGUCCAGUCUGGCCAGCACCUGCUUGCCCACUUCCUGCCAACGCAGCCAUGAGUCCGGCUUCGGUAAGGCAGCCCUGGGCUGA